CUUAUAUGUGAGGGGGACAGAUUUUGGGCGAAAAAUACGCAAGACCAUCUUAAGAUCUUAAAAUCAGCCGACCUUCCUGCGAUCGCGAAGUACGUCCGAAGAUCGUAUAUAAUGUGAGGGGGGUGUAAGUGCACGAAAGUACGACUGUGCUCUGACGCGUCGAUCACGAACUGGAUUGAGAUGACUUAAUUUUCCUUUGAUAGGCCAACGUUACAUUUGGAAACCUGGGCCCGGUCGUGCUGUUUGCGGAAACGAAAAUAGAAAUGUAUACGUAAGAAUGCAUACAAAUAAUUCCCACUACUAUCCUCUUCACAUCUUGUGUAGCUUGGUGUCUAUUAUGUCAUACCUUUCGUUCCCGAAAGCUUCGAAUCACGGGCUCUCACCAGAGGGCUCUCAACAUGCAAUCCCGCACGGCCGCGCACGAUGUCGCUGGCUACUAUAUGACUAUAUUUACAUAUAUUAACAAUAUAUCAAUAUUACACUAUUACCAACUGUUACAUACGUAUGGGCUGUUUAAAUGUAAUUGAGUUUGUGGCUCGUCCGCGUUUGCCGCCCAUUUCUUCUAUGUUAAGAUAUGUGGCAACUCUCACAAUGCAAAAUAACGUUUAUAGGUAAAUACAUAGAAGACUGAUUUGUCGUUAUGAUGCAAAAGAUUCUGAACCUACGACUGCCCUUGCCUGAUUGUAACAUGAUACUUAGUAGAUAAAGUUUUAAGAUUUUAUUUUUACGCUUUUGUUUGUUUUUAAAGUCAUGUUAUUAAAGCUUUGGUAAAACGACCGUACGGGCGUUCACCCCAAGAAAUACCUGCGUUUCUAUAGAGACCGCAUUACGGACGGGUACCGGAUUGGAAAUGUGACGUAGGGUAAGAGAAUCAAGGCACAAAUUCACGCCGACCGAACAAACAUCGUAAUUCAACUUAUACAUGCGCAAAGCUCAUGUAAUUUUCUACACAGUGUCCAUCUCGCUGUUGUGCACAGUAAAAUAACUACAUGUACUGCUUUUUCAAGUACCGCGGCUCUCUAUUUUAUACCCGAACAAUUACUGAGGACGGGGGUCGUCCAUGAAUACUGUGUUAUGCGACAUUACACCUUGACGUCAGUUCAAGACGCCCCUCGCCACAACACCGCCCAAGGCCUGGUGUGCCCCGUGCUGAGUUUACCAAGUCAAACUAACCGUUAAUGGGCCAGUUUGGAGAGUUUGUGGCACACGCCGCUGGAGUGAUGGGUGUGGUGUUCGCUCAUUGAAAUUGACGUACGUUACUGAUAUGUCUUGUGGUUACAAAUAAAGGUUGCAAAGUCAAGAUAAUGCCUUAGUAAUGGACCUGUUUGGAAAGUUUGUGGCACACGUCGCUAGAGUCACAGGUGUGGCGUUCGCUCAUUGUAAUGACCUGGUCUGCCCUGUGCCAAGAUUACAAAGUCAGGUUAAUGGGCCAGUUUGGAAAGAUUGUGCCACAAGCCGACAGAGCUAAGGAUAUGGCGUUGACACAGUGAUGUCUACCGAGGUCCAUACCAAUCAGAACUCUGUAUCCUCGCACCUAAGACCCUUGUCCUUCAGAAAUAGCACGCAGAGCAAACCUAACACGUACCACAGUCUGACUCGCCUCUACAGACGGCAAAGAUGUGUCCGUUUCUGCUCUUCAUCGCGGCUGUAACUGUCUGUCCGGCUUCAACACAAGGCCAACAGUACCGGUACCUCACUACACAGGACAAUUGGGCCUUUUAUCAGGUCCUUUCGAUCGGCCAGAUGACCAAUAUCAACGUGAGGGCCACGUGUUUGGCGGCGGGGAUGAGGUAUACAUGCCACUCCGUAGGUACGGUGGGGUGUGAGUACUACUGGGAACCCAGCUGCAUCGCGUACGACACUGCUGGGAUCCACUGUGACACUCACUGGGUCCUCGCCAAUAAUCUGUGUGGACCUGGAACAGAUCCUCGGCAUUGUCAGCCCCUUGACGACACCUUUGUGUACAUCCCUGGCUGGCAGGUUGACGGUAGUGCUUGCGGAGUGGACUAUGAGACUGCAACCAUGUGCGUAGAGGGAGCAAACUACUACAACAUGUACGCCCUGUGUAUACUCCCUACUUGUGCGAGAUACAAUCCAUGUGUACACGGAACCUGCAUGGAGGCUUUCGGGGGCUACACCUGUACGUGUGAAAACGGAUGGGAAGGAACCAACUGUGAUAGAAACGUCAAUGAGUGCGCGCCCUCCCCCUGUCUCCACGGCACCUGUACCGACGGUGUGGCGAGCUACACCUGUAGCUGUGAGAACGGCUGGAUGGGACACCGCUGUGAUCAAAGCAUCGAUGAUUGCGCGCCCUCCCCCUGUGUACACGGAGUCUGCACUGACCAGGUGGCGAGCUACUCCUGCUACUGUGAGAACGGCUGGACAGGACACAACUGUGAUCAAGACAUCGAUGAGUGCGCGUCCUCCCCCUGUGUACACGGAACAUGUACCGAUGGUGUGGCGAGCUACACCUGCAGCUGUGAGAACGGCUGGACGGGACACAACUGUGACCAAGACAUCGACGAGUGUGCGAGCAGCCCUUGUUGGCUGGGAGGGACCUGCCUGGAUCACGUGAACGGCUACAGCUGUGUCUGUCCGAAGGGUACUACCGGCAACAUCUGUGACACUGUAUCUUUUGCGGGGGAUUGCUACCAGUUCUCGACAUCAGCUCUUACCCAUCAAGACGCGACCCAGGCCUGCAGAGUCAUCGGCGGCCGUAUGGUGGAUGUGAGAGACCAGCAGCAGCAUCAGUUCCUGGCUGACACCAUCGCGGCCACCACUGGCGAAUCUCACUGGCUGGCCAUGAAAACCGCACCGUUGUCUAUUGUCUACAGUGAUGGAACUCCUGUUUCAGGCGGUGCUGUCGCGUGGUCAGCAGGCGAACCUUGGUACCCGGUGAUUGACCUGUGCGUUCUCCUGGACAGCUCCGAUAGCUACAAGGCGAAGACAGCACUCUGCACGGAGCAACACAAUUACGUCUGCCAGUCUGACAACGUACCCUGUGUGCCCAACGUUUGCCAGAAUGGCGGCAACUGCAGCUCCUGCUUCGGUGGCACCGACACUUUCUGUGACUGCCUUGAUGGAUUCGAAGGAAGCCUCUGUGAAAUAAAAAUAGACUUGUGUGCCCUGGUAGCCUGCCCAUUCGACUGGACAUGCGUGAGCUUGCUGGACCACCUCAACUGCCUGGCUCCGACAGUCCGCAUUUCGGAGUCCUACAGGUGCAGCAGCGCCUCCUGUCCGGGUGACAUGUACUGCAAGGAAGAGGGUGGCGCCUCGUUCUCGUGUUGGCUUAACUGACGCAGCCGGCAUCA